AUGAGGGCUGCGUUCCUGGUGCUGCUCCUCUGGGCCGUAGCUUGUGCUCACCCGGUGCCCGGCCAUGAGCCCGCCCGCCCCCGCCGCAGCAUCCAGCAGGAGGACACAGGAAGCGAAGAUUACAUCAGCAACCCGGGCAACCUCCUGGGUGGUGGAGAUGGCAGACAUCCUCCUGCCAGUGCGGAGAGGGGGGACAAUGCCCUUGCCAGGGACCCAGCAGGGGGGAACGCCGUGGGCGAGGAGCUGAGCGAGCAUGGUGGCCGAGACAAGGGAGGCAGAGUUGGGGAGGCUCAGCGCCUGAACCAGGUGGACUACAAGGACACGAGUGCCCGGGGUGGGAACAGCCUUGGUUUCCUGGAGGAAGAUGCACACAAUGCUGAUGAUGGUGACAACGGAGAGCACCACAUCACUGGCAUCAAUGGGUUUCCCUCCCAUGCCGGCGGGCUCCUGGAUGAAGAAGAUGACAGUGGGGAUGACACCUUUGAUGAGAAUGGGGAAGAGGAGGGGGGCGAAGGUCCUACUUACGUGGCUGGUGCUGACGGAGCAGGGCAUGCCGACAGCAGCAGCAGCAGCAGCAGCGAGAGCAUUGGGACCUACAGGUGGGGAGGGGGCAGCAGCAGCAGCAGCCAGGAGGAGGAGAGCUAUGACUUUGAGGACGAAGCCAUGCAGGGCGAUGAUCCGUCUGUCUUCGACAACACAGGCAGCAGCUACAAGAGGCGCCGUGCUGGCCCCCGUGCCCCUGGGAGCAGCCGAGAGAGUGGCCGGGGGGCUGGCUCCCACCGCUGGGAAGAGGACGACAGCAGGUCCCCAGAGGUGGAGGAUGCUGACUCAGAAGACAGCCUGUCCACGGAGGACAACAGUCAGUCAGAAGAGCCUGUCACCAGCCAGUCAGAAGAGAACAGCGCCAGCCGCUCUGAGGAGGAUGUGGAUGGGGAGGACAGCCCCUCCAGGGAGGGAGACAGCAGCGAGUCCAGGGAGGGCCCCACUGACCAGUCAGAUGAAAAGCUGGGAGAGUCCCCGGAGGACAUCUCCCAGGAGAUGGUGAGCACAUCUAGCGAGCGCAGCAGCAGCCAGUCCCAGGAAGGGCAGGACGACCAGGAGUCUGCUGAGGACAGGAGUGCUCUGUCUGAACCUGACAAUGAUGACGACCAGACCCAGUCCACAGAGGACACUGUGGAGGAGUCAAAGGAGGAUGAGAAUGACUCCGACCCUGAUGGAGACAUGCCAAACACAUCAGCCGAGAGCCAGAGUGCAUCCCCAGAGGAUGGUGGCAGCCAAGAGAACAAUGCAGGCGAGGACAGCAGAUCCACAGAGAGCAACAACAGCGAGUCCCUGGAGGAUGAUGAUGAUGAUGAGAGCCACUCCCAGGAGGAUGCCACCCGUGAGUCCAGCAGCCACGGGGAUGACAGCUCGCUGCAGAGCCUGGAGAGUGGGAGCCGCAAACGGCGGCCGGGUGCCUACCGCAACAAGCCUGCUGCCGACUACGAUGACAAUGACUGCCAGGAUGGGUACUGA